GAUAUGCUAAAUCCCUAUAAUAUCUAAACAAAAUAAUAAAAGAAGAUAUGCUAAAUCCCUAUGAUAUCUAAACAAAAUAAUUAUAAUAGAAGAGAGUUAGGAUCGUAUCACAAACUCGCCUCGAUUAGGUACUCCUAUUCCGACAUCAAAAAAAUAACUAAAGGUUUUCAAGACAAACUAGGCCAAGGAGGCUACGGUUCUCUUGAAAAGUAUCUUUUCAAUCGAGAUAACAUGAAACGCUUGAAUUGGGACACCAAGUUUGAGAUCGCAGUUUGGAGUUGCUCGUGGGAUUGAGUAUUUGCAUUGAGGCUGCGACAUUCAAAUUCUGCAUUUUGACAUCAAGCCUCGUAAUAUACUCUUUGAUGAUAAAUUUAUCCCCAAUAUAUCUGAUUUUGGGCUUGCAAAGUUGUGCUCUGCAAGUAAAAAUGUAAUAAGCUUGACUACAACCAGAGGAAUCAUAGGGUAUGUUGCUCCUGAACUAAUCAACAGAAGUAUGGGCGCAAUUUCUUUCAAGGCGGAUGUCUAUAGUUUCAGAAUGUUAUUGAUUGAUAUGGUGGGCUUGAAGAGAGACUUAGAGAGGAAAGAAUGGUAAUUCGAGCAAGUAUUUUCCAUACUGGAUAUAUGAUUGUUUUGAGCAAGGCAAGGAUAUUGGAAUUGAAGAAGCAGAGUCUGACAUAGUAUUUUUAAGAAGAUGACCAUAGUUUCCUUGUGGUGCAUACUAAUGAGUCCAGAUGAUCAGCCAUGAAUGAAUUAGGUGUUGGAGAUGUUGGAAGGUGAUGUUGAACGUUUGCAAAUUCCUUCUCAAUCGACUCAUAUUGGAGUGGGUUUUGAUCAAACUGAAAUAACAUGUUCCGCUGAUUCUGUUUCCUUGCUUCAUCAUGUUGAAGAAUCGAUCUGUGUUGAGACUCAUGUGUGAAACAAAAAUUGUGGGUUUAUAAUAGAAUGGCUAUGCUUAAAAGGUUUCUUUAUUAGUAGUUUAUUAUAGGCAAAACAAAUCUAGGGGGUUUUAUUUUUAUUUUUUAUUCUUGUUUUGUUUCAAUUGAUCCAUGUGCCUUUAUCAGUUUAUGUAACUUUUUUUUAUCCGAUAAUCUCUAUAUAUGUGUUAUAUUUUUAUUCUAAUUAAAUUUGUAGGUCUCUAUGUACGUUAUUGUUUAAAAUUAGAAUAGGAGAAAAUCUUGUUAUAAGUUAUCUUGCUAGCACAUGUUACCAAAUUCUAGAUACAUCUCAAUUUAUGAAUCUGAUCGUGUCAUGAUAUUUAAUGUAAGGGAUUCAAAAUGUUCAAUCAUUGAUAGACCUCAGCUAAACAUGCAAAGGAGAUUGUUUCUAUCUAUAUUUGUUUCAAUAAUACUUAUGUCGCUUUCCUCACAAGUCAUGGAAAGAGAUGAAAAAAAAUAUUCAAUCACAAAUAGACCUUUUAAAUAUGAAUCAAGGCACACAUAUCGAAAGUAUAUGAAAAUCAAUUUAACAAUAAAUUACUGAGUUUUCUUUCAAAGAUUUAUAAUUAUUUCUUAAUCUGAUUUUUAUUGGGUUCUCGAGACAUUUGGCCUCGGACAUUAACUCUGUACCGAUUGGCCAACUCACACACUCUUCCCUAAUGUGAUGCUUAAUAUUAUAUGAAGAAGUCACAUUUUACAUAUAUUAAUAACCACCAAACCAAAGUCAACGGAAGAGAUAUUAAGAUAUUCAAGAGUUGAUGAACCUUCCCUAGUAUACUCACCCUAGGUAGUGACCUCGAAAUUUUCCUCCUAUGAUGAGACUGAUUCAAAGGGACAAUAAUAAUAUUAAGUGAAGGAGAAAGUAUGUGGUGUUAAUCUGAAACAAUCAACAAUAUGCUGAAAUGUACAUUUAUGUUGAUUGUUUUAGUACUCCAUUUACUUCCAUGUUGUGAUGCAAAGUGCACCCCUUCUUCAUGUGGAACCAUUCCCAAUAUCAGCCGCCCUUUCCGCCUCAACAGCGACCCCAUCAACUGCAGCGACCCAAGAUUCGAGCUACGCUGCGAAAACAAUGUCACCUACAUCUCUCUCAACUCUCAAAACUACUAUGUCAAAGCAAUCAACUACCAUAAUUCCACCAUCAGGCUUGUUGAUGCUUCCAUUGUUAAUGAUGACAUCUGCUCUUUUCCCAUUGUUUCUUCAGAUGCCUUUAGCUUCAUCUAUGACAAUCCUCAUCCUAUUCCUUAUCGAAUUCCGACAACACCAAACCCUAUUAAUUUCAUAAGCUGCCCAUAUCCAUUGAACAGUUCUUCCCUCUUUACAGAUGUUACUUCUCAUUGUGCCUCAAGUUCUUCUUCCCUUCUUUCAACGUAUGCUUUUAUCAAGGUCGGCCACUUGAAUGCCUCUGAGCUGCCACACUUGUGCACACUAGAUCUCAUAGUGAUGACUUCAUGGCAGGGAUUUAAGCGUUUGGACAACGUUUCGCUGUCUGAAAUCCACCAAUCUCUCUUGUACGGAUUUGAACUUGUCGUCUGCCCCUCGUGCAAAAUAACCCCGCGCAAAUUUUUUGUAUCCUUCUUCUACGAUAUUAUCCCGGUCCUUCUGAUAAUCGUUGGUCUGUUAUGUGCAAUGGUAAGCCCUUCUGUGUUUACCAUAUUUGGAUUCGCAGCUGUAUCAUUGCUCUUAUUUUACACACCAGUUCUCUAUUCCACAGUGAUUGACCCGAUCAAAUCACAGCCUUAUUAUUAUCACCUGCCUGAAGGCGGAUCACAUACUUAUCUACCGCUGGCACUCAUCUUAAGCAUCAUCAUAUGUGCAUCAAGGAUCAUCACCUUCCCAUUGGCGGUGUGGCAAUUGAUUUACAAAUUCCGAACAAGGCGCCUUUCCUUACAUGAAGAUAUAGAAUCAUUUCUACAAAGUGACAACAAACUUUCCCCAAUCAGGUACUCCUAUUCGGACAUUAAAAAAAUGACUAAAGGUUUUCAAGAGAAACUAGGUGAAGGAGGCUAUGGUUCUGUUUACAAAGGCAAGCUCCGAAGUGGUAAUGAUGUUGCAGUCAAACUCCUGGGAAAAUCAAGAGGAAAAGGGCAGGAUUUCAUGAAUGAAAUCGCAACUAUUGGAAGGAUACACCAUGUCAAUGUUGUCAAACUAGUUGGAUAUUGUGCACAUGGCUCCAAACUUGCCCUUGUCUUUGAUUUCAUGACUAAUGGUUCCCUUGAAAAGUAUCUUUUCAACAGAGAUAACAUGAAACCCUUGAAUUGGGACACAAAGUUUGAAAUUGCAAUUGGGGUUGCUCGUGGGAUUGAGUAUUUGCAUCAAGGCUGCGACAUUCAGAUUCUGCACUUCGACAUCAAGCCGCAUAAUAUACUCCUCGAUGAUAAAUUUAUACCCAAAAUAUCUGAUUUUGGGCUUGCAAAGUUUUGCUCUACAGGUAAAAACGCAAUAAGCUUGACUACAGCUAGAGGAACUAUAGGAUAUGUUGCUCCUGAACUGAUCAACAGAAGCAUGGGGGCAGUCUCUUACAAGGCUGAUGUUUAUAGUUUUGGGAUGAUGUUAAUUGAUAUUGUGGGGUUGAAGAGAGACUUGAGAGGAAAGAACGACCAUUCCAGCCAGUAUUUUCCAUACUGGAUAUAUGAUUGUUUUGACCAAGGCAAGGAUAUUGAAAUUGAAGGAGCGGAGUAUGACGAUGAGAAUGAGAGUAGAAAGAGUAUCGUGAAAAAGAUGACUAUAGUUGCAUUGUGGUGCAUACUGAUGAGUCCAGAUGAUCGGCCAUCAAUGAAUAAGGUGUUGGAAAUGUUGGAAGGUGAUGUUGAACGUUUGCAAAUUCCUUCUCAAUCCACUCAAAUUGGAAUCACGCCGAAUUUACAUGUUCUUCUGAUUCUGUUUCUUUGCUUCAACAUGUGGAUGCUUCUAUCUAGACUAAGGGCUUGUUUGACAACAAUCAUGGGUUUAUAAAUGAAUGGCUAUUCUUAAAA